AUGGCCGAGGACACCACGGCCGACGGCGACAACCACCCCGAGAUGCGCGCCGGCGCCGGUGCCGUGGCCGCCGCAGACGCUCCUCGGCUGGCUGGCGUGCCGCUCCGUCCCCCGCGGCCCGCACUCCCAGGGCGCCGGGCGCCUGCUCCGGAAAGCUGCCGCCGCGGGUGCGAGACCGACGACGACGACGCGCCCUUCUGGGUCCUCGGCGGCUCCCGUCCCACCGAGGCUGAUGCCACUGUGUACGGCUUCGUGGUUGGCGCUCUGGUUUGCACCGCGUUGGUGGCUCCUCUCCUGCUUCGCCUGCUUCCGCUGCUUCCCUGCUGCGUUUCUGUCUGA